CGCUCCGGCAGCUAUGAGCCAUUCGGCUCCAAGGCUUUUGGCAUAAGUCAUGUACCACGAUCUUAACUGUAAAUUAAAAUGAACCAUAGCUUUUUUUAUUUUCAUUACAGUAUUACCAUGGCUAAAAACAACCAUAUGAUCAUGCUGAACACAGGACUUCUGGUGGCAUUGAUCUGUUUUUCAAUAUUUACAAAUGUCGGCGCCCAGACAGUGUCUUCAUGUAAAGCUGACAGUAUCAUGAUUAAGGAUUCAGUGAGCGGAUCAGUCGAAUGCCAGGACUGUCGAAAAUGUCCUUCUGGCGAGGGGCUGUCCGUGAAAUGUGGAGACUUCAUUGAUUCACAGACACCCUUGGUGUGUAAACCAUGCGUGCUUGGUGAAACAUACUCCUCAGCAUACGAGGCCGGGGCCUGCAAAGAUUGCAAGAACUGCGGCCUGUAUCGCGAGACCAUCAAAGCCUGCACACUGACUUCCAAGGCCGUGUGCGGAAAGUGUAAGGUUGGCGCUUACGAAGAACCCAUGCUGAGCAUGUGCAAGCCGUGUUCCCCUUGCUGUAAUGACGGCAAGGAUAUAGUAAUCUCUCAGUGCCAAGUACCCGGAAUACCCGCAAAUGAGCAGUGCAGUUUUGUACGAUUAAGUAAGUGCAGCAAAGUUGCGACCACUGCUAGUGUCAGCACAAUGGCCCCAGCUGUGGAAGCAAAUCAUUCAACAGAAGAGUCAACAACUCCAUCCACGGUAACAAGUCCUGUUGGGAACUCAAUCCCAAGUGAACCAAUCGCCACACUACUUUCUGAUGCAUCAACAUCUCAGACUAAAUUCAUUGAUUUCAAGCUUUUCAGCACCGUUCUAAAUCGCCCUGAACCAACCUCUGAACUCUACAGUCACACCAAAGAACCUGGUAGAAACACGACUGUGCAAGUCACUGUAGAUGUUACUUCCAGUGUCGAGCCAGUCAGAUUUUAACAGCAGUUGUUUAUGUUGAUGGAUAUGAAAACUCAGAGGUGCACAUAUUUUGACACAUGUACACUUUUUCGAUUUUUCGUGCUUGCUGAAAAUAUUCGUCAGAGAAAAAUGAAUAUUUAUAGAUCAAAGAUUUCAGGAGAUUUUGUUCUUAGCCUUUGCAAAGAUAGUUUUGGUUGAUAUGCUAGCUAAGAGGCCCCAAAUGUGUAUUUGUUGCAAGUGUUUUGGCUAUU